UUAUUUACGAAUAUUUUGCAGAACCAUCUAGAAAUCACCCUUACCGUCCUCGUAUCGCAUUACAAAUCCCCAACUUCGAAAUCCUUAGCCAGCAAAGGUUGCUGAAGAAGAGCGAUCGAUUCAGCUCUUUUAAGUGUGAAUUGAAUCGGAGCACUCGGCAAUGGCGGAACAUUUGGCAUCGAUAUUCGGAACUGAGAAGGACAGGGUGAAUUGCCCGUUCUACUUCAAGAUCGGAGCAUGCAGACAUGGGGAUCGGUGCUCCAGGCUUCACACGAAGCCGAGCAUAAGCCCAACGAUAUUGCUAUCGAACAUGUACCAGCGCCCCGACAUGAUCACCCCCGGCGUCGACGCUCACGGCCAACCCAUAGACCCUCGCAAGAUCCAGGACCACUUCGAAGAGUUCUACGAAGACCUCUUCGAUGAACUCUCCAAAUACGGCGAAAUAGAAAGCCUCAACGUCUGCGAUAACCUCGCCGACCACAUGGUUGGUAAUGUGUACGUUCAGUUUAGAGAGGAGGAGCAUGCUGCUAAUGCUGUCAGGAACCUCGCUGGGAGGUUUUAUGCUGGUCGGCCAAUUAUUGUUGAUUUCUCUCCGGUGACAGAUUUUCGUGAAGCUACUUGCAGGCAGUAUGAGGAGAAUACUUGUAACCGAGGUGGUUAUUGCAAUUUCAUGCACUUGAAGAGAAUUAGCAGGGAAUUGAGGCGCCAGUUGUUUGGAAAGUACCAUGGAAGGCACAGCCGGAGCAGAAGCAGAAGUCCUUACAGGCACCGGAGCCAUGAGGAGCGGUCUCAUCGCAGCCAUGGACGAAGGUAUGAUGACAGGGACUACCAUCAUGAGAGUCGCAGCAGAAGGCACAGGAGCACGAGUCCUGGACAUAAGAGAGGACGGAGUCGCAGUCGAAGUCCUGGAGGAAGGAGGAACCGAAGUCCAGUUAGGGAAGGCAGUGAGGAGAGACGUGCUAGAAUUGAGCAGUGGAACAGGGAGAGGGAAGAACAAGAACCUACACAUAAGGUUAAUGCUGAGGAAAUCAACGAUGGAUACAUGCAGAAUGCUAGCAAAUAUCAUGGGUAUCAGCAGCAACAACAGCAACCUCCUCAGGAGGGAUAUUGAUCUAGUUAUGUUAUUAUGGUGGUGCAGGUGCACUGUUCUAUGAUAUGGAAUGUGUUUCCCUCUUCCUCCCCCAUACCUUUUACUUUAAUAUUUCUGCCUUUUUUUUUUCAUGCAUGAUGCUUCAUUGUAUGUUGCACUACUUAAUGUAGGUUUCCCAAAAUAUUUCACUGCUAUGAACCAUGUUUUCAACAUUUGUAUUGUCAAAUCUUGUUUUGUUAUAUUCUUUAUUUGCAUUCUUCAAGGAUAGAAUGUAUUAGAAAUACUGAGCGGUCGAGCCCUUGUUUGCACUGUAUUUAUGAAGGUUAGCUGAAAAUGCGGGAAAAUGUUUUUUUCUUCCUGCCCUGUGUUCCUAAAAAUUUCUUACUAUCCUCUAGCCAAGAAUUCUUGUUGGUUCUUUCUUUCAAAUUUUUGUUUUGUCUUUGCAUUCCUGUUGGUUUCCUCAAAUGUGGUGCUAGUUUUUUGCAAUUCCCUGUCCUUCUCUAAUUGCACAUUACCCUUUAGUCAUUCUGGCCCUUUAGUCAUUCUGGCUAUAUAAUUCUUAAAAAGAAGCCUCUUCGAUUCCUUGAGGCAUGUAAGAUACUAUAUUUUUUUUAUCUCUACCUUUUUCUGUAAGAAACAGUCGUAUCCUUUUUCUCAACUGGGAUGUUAUGAUAAUCGAAUGGGUCUUGUAUGCUUGUGUUAUUGUGGUUUAUUUGCAGUUGGUGAAUGUAUGCAUUAUUUUACAGUCAGGUACACUGAUCACCAUCAUACUUGGAAGACUAGUGAACGACCAGUUACAACUAUUUGUAGGGGUUUUUGGUUUCCAAUGAGCUAUGUUUUAUACCUGUUGGAAUUUUGAAUAGCAUUAUCUUACAUUUUAACGAGUUUUGCAGGUUCAGGUAUCCCUGCUUCUAAGAAACGAGCCAUUGAGUUAACUGCAGUUUGCCGUGGAAUUUUUGUACAGGUUCAUGGUACCAGCUUGGAGGAUGUUUUAACGGAUCUUUCAGGUUUUAUUUUGGAGUUCUUCAUAAGCAGUUUCUGCUGGCAAGUAAUCGGGUUAGGAUGAAUUUGUAGGUGAAGCCUUCUGUUCUGUCAUUUGGAUUUUCUUGCAUUUGCAGGCUGAGGAUGCUCGCUUUAUUUUAUUUUUUCUCUUUUUCCUUGCAUAUUAAGAUGCUUUGUUACUCUCUAAGCUUUAGAUGUCUAUUCGAGAUCGACCUUCGAACUAAAAUUGUGUGUACUUGUAAAAUUGUUACUUUGAGGAUGUAGAUCGAACGACCGUAUUACUUUUAGUUUUAAAUUUUGAGAAAUUUAUUAUGAUCGUCUUUAU